AGUGCGCAGGCUACUGUCCCCCUUCAAGAACACCCAGGUCAUACAAGCUGAACACGGUUGACCUGCACACCUAACAGUGAAAAUAAUGAAACAAGUGAUCACACAUCCACCCACUUUCUGCCCGGAACAACAGUUACAGUUACACUCUGAGAUAAGAACUGAACAGUCAAAACCUCAUAGCAGAUAUUUUUGACCAAAUCAAACACUGGCAUUUUAGUGACAGCUGCCAGUUCUGAAUCUACUGAUGAUAUGGAUGAAAGGGGUUGUGGUGAUAAAUCAAUUAAAAUGGACUUAACUGCAAAUCAAUCCAGUGGUUUGUUAAGUGAUGUAACAUACAGUAUGGACACAAAAAAAACAUUUAAAUCUCAUAGCCAUUAACACAAAGCUCAACAGUAUUUCAAAUGUUGAACAUAAUAAAAGUGAAAUUUUACAAACUGUUACGGAAAAGCAAUUAACAAAUGCAAUAUUACAGAAGAAGAACACAAACACAAAUGAAAAGGAGUACACUGGUGAAGUGUUGAAUUAUACUAGUAAUAACAGUAAUCACAUGGAGAAACACAUGAGGAUACCUGCAGGAGAGAGACUGUACAAGUGUUGGGUGUGCGGUUAUGAAUGUAACCGGAAUAGUCACAUGAAGACACACAUGAGGAUACAUACAGGAGAUAAACCGUACAAGUGUGAAGUAUGUGGUAAUACAUUCAACCAGAGUGGUCAUUUUAAGAUACACAUGAGGAUACAUACAGGAGAGAAACCAUACAAGUGUGAGGUGUGUGGUUUUGAAUGUAACCAGGGUGGUUCCUUGAAGUCACACAUGAGGAUACAUACAGGAGAGAAACCGUACAAGUGUGAGGUGUGUGGUUAUGCAUGUAAGGGGAGUAAUACCCUAAAGAGACACUUGCAGAGACACAUCAGGAUACAUACUGGAGAGAGAGAAUACAAGUGUGGGGUAUGUGGUUAUGUGUGUAACCAUAGCAGUGCCUUGAAGAGACACAUUAUAAUUCAUACAGGAGAGAGAGAGUACAAGUGUGAGUUGUGUGGUUAUACAUGUAAACAGAGUGGUAACUUGAACAUACACAUGAGGACACAUACAGGAGAGAAACCGUACAAGUGUGCGGUGUGUGGUUCUACAUUUAAACAGAGUAGUCACAUGAAGACACACAUGAAGAUACAUGCAGAAGAGAGACUGUAUAAGUGUGAGGUGUGUGGUUUUGCUUGUAAACAGAGUGGUAACUUAAAGACUCACAUGAUGAUACAUGCAGAAGAGAGACUGUACAAGUGUGGGGUGUGUGGUUAUGAAUGUAACCUGAAUAGUCACAUGAAGACACACAUGAGGAUACAUACAGGAGAGAAACCGUACAAGUGUGAGGUAUGUGGUAAUACUUUCAACCAGAGUGGUCACUUGAAGAGACACAUGAGGAUACAUACAGGAGAGGGACUGUCCAAGUGUGUGGAAAGGCAUUCAACCACAGUAGUCACUUGAAGACACACAUGAGGAUACAAACAAGAGAGAGAAAGUUUAAGUGUGAUGUGUGUGGUUUUGCAUGUAAUGGGAGCAAUAACUUAAAGACAAACAUGAGGAUACAUGUACAUACAGGAGAGAGACACUACACGUGUGAGGUGUGUGGUAAUGCAUUUACUUAUAUGGGGUCCUUGAAGAGACAUAUGAGAAUUCAUUCAGACAAGAGACAAUAAAUAUGUUAGGUACAUGCUUAUGCGUGUUACACGAGUAACACCUUGGAAAGACACAUGGGGAUACACACUGAAGAGAGAUUGUACACAUAUUGAUUGUUAUGCAUUUCACCAGAGUACUACCUUGAAGACACUCAAGAGGAUAUAUACAGGAAAGAUAGUACAAGUGUGAGGUGUGUGGUUAUAUAUUCAACCAGAGUACUAACUUAAAGAGAUACGUGAGGAUACAUACAGGAGAGAGACUGUACAAGUUUGAGGUAUGUGGUAAUACAUGUAACAAGAGAGAUUACUUGAAGAGAUACUUGACGAUACAUACAGCAGCUUGAGGUUAUGCAUUUACCCCGAGUGGGUCCAAAAUGAGACAUAUGAGGACACAUGCAUAUGAGACUAUAAAUCUGUGAGGUGUGCUUAUGUGUGUAACACGUAAAACAUUGAACACACAUAUGAGAAUACAUUUCAUGAGAGAGAGCACAAGUGUGAGGUGUGUGGUUAACCAGAGUGUUACCUGUUUUCUUCAUCAAGCUGUUAUGAUACUGCAUAUGGUUGGGGUUUUAGAUCCGGGGGGG